AUGGACGACUUGUAUGCGAGAUUCAACCCGAAUCCCAACAAAAUCGCUGCCUGGGGACGUCUUCUCAUGCUCUCAGACGAUCCCAGUGGCGGCUCGUCCACGGCGUCGAGCGUCCCAUCGCCCGACGAGCUCUACACACGCGCCAUUCCAACGCUUUUGCAGAUGAAGGACGAUCUCGUCCGUCUAGGAUGGUCAGAAAUACCCACUCAAGACGUCCCCGAGGGUCUCCUCUUUGUCGUCGAAAGCCCAAAGCCUGCCGCCGGAAAUCUUUGUGACGAGCCCUCGGUUUCGCCCUCUGAACCCAGCCGGCUUUCGAGCCCUUUUUUCCUCUCGACGUCUGUGCAAUCAAGAUCUUCCUUCUUUCACGACCUGCCGAGGUCCAGCGACCCCGUUCGUUUUGCGCUCCCGGCCGACCUCUCGGGUUUCCUCGAGUUUCGCCGCGAAAUGGAAGAAGCGCUUCAUAAUCCAGAACUCUUCAGGCCCAUACUCGAUCAUCGAGGAAACCUCGUCCUCGCCAGCUCGCAUGACCUUGACCCACUCAAUUCCCCGCCACUUAAAAACAUUUUUCAUCUCCUCCAGCUCAUUGUCCCCGGCAUGUUCUUACUCGUCCACGACUCGCUCUCGUUUACACGUGAAAAGUCACUUUCGCUGCGAAUACCAGACUCUCGCAGUGGCAGUCAACGACAGUCUCGACAAGGAACAUUGGACUCUAUGGGCUCGACCAGGAGUACGCAGGUGUUUUUGCGACGCACGCGCCGAGCGCUGCCACCGGCUGAAUGGAUCUCGAACAGGCUCGAGGUGCUCGAGACCAUUUUUGGUAAACAUCAUCUACACAAUCUCAUCGAUUGCGCACGAGAUGUGGAACUGACAGUGUGGAGAACUGUCCAUGGACCAGAAGACCAGAUGGACACUGGAUCCGACGCUGGAUUCGAUGUCGCAAUGGCGAGUCCCAUCAUCCCGAGCCCGACCUGGUCUCGCGAACCCACGACGCAAACCCGCAGCGAACCUAUCCUUAUCCCAUCGAUUACGCCUGGUGCCACAGGUGAACGUCCUACGUACCAGCAUGUGCGUGCUCGUUCUUUGUAA